ACAAUCCCCAAACAGUGCGCUCUUCCACCGAAGCGAUCAAAACCCAUCAACAAUUGAGAUAUCAAAGAAAUUACGAACAGAGAAAUUGUUUAUCGUGUAAAAACAAACACUGUAAAUAAACGUGCACAAUCGGUUUUGAUUGUGAUUGUGCUUAGAAAAAUGGUGAAAAGCGUGUGUGUUUGUCGAUGAGAGAGUUAGAGUGAGAAACGGUUGCAUUGGCAUUAUGCAAACUUCGUGAGAAGAAAACAAAAGACAUACAUCAUUAAUAACCGUCAAACCUAAAUUCGAACUAACAUUUGCCCGAAAAAGAGAUCAUUGACAAUUCGGCGAAUAUUUUGAAUGUGGAAAUAUGAGACGAUGCAAAACGGUCAGUGAGCCGUAUUAAUUGGAAAUGAAUGCACGUGCUUUCCUAGCCGGAAUCAAUGUUAAUUAAUGUGAGAAUCGAUAACGAAUGGAAUAUCGGCGAAAAAUCGAACCUAACACUCAAUCAAAUAAUUUUUUCUUCGAUCGUAUUCGGCAAAUAGCUGGACUCGUUUACUUUUCAUGGACCUAGUGACUAGGAAACAAUGUGUGUAUGUGUGUUUUGUUCAAUCGAAAAGUUACAAAUAAAAAUCACUAAAUAAAUAUAUCAAAUAUCUUGUGUGAGUAAAAAGAGAUUAGCAGUGUUACUUACUUACUCCCAUUUCUAAAUGGACACACUGACACACACACAUUCGUACACAGUAUGGGAAGCCACGUAUUAAAUGUAAUUGGUCAUUUUCAAAGAAAAACAACCUAACUAUGAAAUACUAUCAAUUCUGUUCAUUCUGACAUUGCUUUUAUUCAUUACAAGGAGAUUUCGAAUAAAAGUAAUUGUGCAAAGAGUGUGUGUGUGUGUGUGUGUGUGUGUGUGUGUGUGCCGAAGCUUUUAUUAACUGCUGUGCUGGCCGCUCGUGUGUGUCUUUCUGUCUAAAUAAAAAUGGUGUGAAGCAAAUAAAAACAAACAAAGUUGAUUUGUGUUUUUGGUGAUCAAGUGAAUGCGUUCAUUCCAUCCAGAGGUGAAAAGCACAACGAAGAAAUAGAAAUGAAAUCAACGUAGCGCGUUGACGCCAGCAAUUAUGACCCAAAACCAUUCGUUUCAGAAACGAUUUCAAUCCCGUUUUUAUUCGUUACUUCUCUGCUUCUAUACGUGUAUGUGUGUGUGCACUGUGCAUUUAAACAGCAUAAACGCCAAAUAAGAGAAAAUAAACAUUAGGCGCAUAAGAUAUUUGUUGAAAUUUCGGUUACAAGAUAUUCAUCAUUGUUUCCCUUGCAUCGGUGUAUAAAAACGUUUAUAUAUGUGUGUGUAUGGAACUCUCAUACUCCAUCCUAACACCCACUAGAUUUCGGCAGUAGCGUUCAUAUUUCAUUUUGAUCGUAAUGUAUCAAAAUUAUUGCUGACAUAAUUCACAUGGACUUCAAGCGUUGACUCACCGUUGAAACAAAUAAAAAGUGAACAUAAAUCAACCAGGAGGUUUUAUAUUUGAGGUUUCAAGCUUGUUUUAGGCCACAACAAAUAUGGAAUCCCAAGCGUCGCUUUUGGUGAAUUGUAUGCUGUUAGCAUUUCGAAAGCUUCGGAUACACGCAAAUGUAGACAACAAUAAUUACACGAAUUUCGAAAAUAUAACUAGUACCUUUAAUUUAACAUCAUUCGACUACCAAAGCACCAACAACGUUGACAACGAUAGUCUGGAAGCAAAUGCACUCGAUUCCCCAUCGUACAAUCGAAACAUUUAUCACGAUUUUAUCGGUGAAUGCCUGAAGUCACCGCCAGUCCGACCGUACGAAAUCUCCGUAGAACAGAAAGCAUUAUGGACUUUUUUGUUUGGCACAAUGCUUUUCACGGCCAUCAUCGGAAACAGCAUAGUUAUCUGGAUUGUAUUGGCUCACCGUGAAAUGAGGACGACGACCAAUUAUUUUCUAUUAAAUCUAAGCGUUGCUGAUCUGCUUAUGUCUUCAUUAAAUUGUAUGUUCAACUUUAUCUACAUGUUGAAUUCUGAUUGGCCAUUUGGCAGUGUUUAUUGCUCGUUGAAUAACUUCGCGGGAAAUGUUACAGUUGCAGUUUCUGUAUUCACAUUAGUGGCAAUCUCAUUUAAUCGAUAUGUUGCAAUUGUUCGCCCGUUGCAUCGCCGUAACUCAAGGAAAAAAGCUCGACGAUUGUUAUACAUCAUUUGGAUUCUAAGCACAUUACUAUCUGCACCAUGCUUUAUUUAUUCAACAACCGAAUCAAAACAAUAUUACAAUGGAAAAACAAGGACCGUAUGCUAUAUGUUGUGGCCAGAUGGAAAGUAUCCGAUAUCAACGUUAGAUUAUGUAUACAAUAUCGUCUUUUUGGCGUUUACGUAUGGCAUACCGAUGGUUGUUAUGAUCAUAUGUUAUUACGUAAUGGGCCGAGAGCUGUGGGGUUCGCAGUCAAUCGGUGAAAACACGGAGCGUCAAACUGAAUCGGUAAAGUCCAAGAAAAAGGUUGUGCGUAUGUUUAUUGCGGUUGUCACCAUAUUUGCGAUAUGUUGGCUACCAUAUCACAUGUUCUAUGUGUAUGCAUAUCAUCAGCCCCAUAUAACGUCCACCAAUAUUACACCGCACCUGUUUCUGGCGUUCUACUGGUUGGCGAUGUCGAAUAGCAUGGUGAAUCCCAUAAUCUAUUACUGGAUGAAUCGACGGUUUCGCCAUUAUUUUCAGCGAAUUUUGUGCUUUUGCUGCUUCCGCCUGUGGAAAAUGGAUGACACAUUUUUGCAACGGAAUUCCAUGUCAAUCGAACGCAAGCCAAGACUAUUAAAACGACGAACGACACAAUCGUAUAAGCUCAGCGAUGGAAAAUUUUCAACAAAAACAGCACGGACAUAACAUCAACCUCCUCCUGGCAUCACAUUGAACAAUGGAAAUGAUGCACCAAACAAUGUGAUGCUGACGGACAAUUUGUAAAUUCUCAAUGCUAUGGAAUUCCAAAAAUGAACAGAAAAAUGAAUAAGAGACUCACACUCAUAACUCAAAAAAGGAACAACAACAACGACGGUUAUCUGGGCAAUGGCUUCAACACGACCAAAAAUACGAAUCCAUUCACUCAUUUUACAAAUAGAAGUAUCACAUACCUCAUUACUCGAAUUGUCAAACGAAGCAGUGAUUAAAAAUCAUUUGUACAUGAUAUAGGCCAAAUCCAUACAGGUG